UGGAAGGAAAACUAAUGUAAUACAAAAUGUGAUGCUGAUAUAUGAUUUUGAUAUGAAAUUCACAUUUGUGUAUUCUGUUUGGAAAUGUACUGCUAAUGAUUUGUGAGUAUUCGUUGACGCAAUUACAAGAACUUCGAACAACUUUCCAAUGCUACAUGGAGAUCAAUUUUGCCUUGUUGAUUCUGGAUGUCCAAAUAUUCCUGAAUUUCUUAUCCCUUAUCAAGGUCAAAGAUACCAUUUUCAUGACUAUGUUGGACGGGGAAGACUACGUGGGAAGGAAGAAUUGUUCAACUAUAGACACUCCUUGUGCCGUAACAUUAUUGAAUGUUGCAUUGGAGUUUUAAAGGCAAGAUAUCCUAUUUUGAAGUUGAUUACCAAGUAUCCACUUAGUGGGCAAAGACAAAUCCCUAUUGCAUAUUGCACAAUAAAUAACUUUAUUCGUCAGGAGCACGUUUUAGAUAAGUUGUUCGUUGAGUAUUCAGAGAAUAAUAUGGUGUUUCAAGAUAUAUCGGAAUCAAGUCAAGAUCAAGAAGUCAUACAUUCUGAUGCUAGUCAAACAGCUCAAAUGGGACAAGUCAGGGAUCAAAUUGCUACACAAAUGUGGAAUAACUACUCAAGAUGUCGUACAUGAUUCUGUGGAUGUACUUUAUAUUUUGUUUAGUGUCUGUUUGUUUUGUCAUGACACAUAUUUGUCAUGACACAUAAAUUUCUAAUAGUAUCUAUUGAAUUGUGUUGCCAAAUUUAACUUUUUUUUUUA